AUGGAACGUUUCGUGGGUGUUUUAUCGAUAGCCAGUUUACAAGAGAUCGGUCCAUCGAGCCGGUUCGUCGACUUUAUCUCUCUUCAAGUAUUUAAGCUAGCCGCUGGAUGAACUAUAUAUAUUACCAUUAUAUUUGUAUCAUUCAUCUCCAUCUAUUGAUUUUACAAUUUUCUCUAUUCCUAUAACAGGAAUUUCAUCUAUUUUAGGAUCUUUAAUUUAUCAACUUUAUCAUUUAUUUACCAGUACUAGCGGGAGCAAUUGUUAUAUUAUUAUUGACGUAUAUAUUGGAGUAUUGCACACUUUGGACAUACGUAAU